AUGCCGGUCGUCAAGGGAGGUGUUUGGACCAAUAUUGAGGAUGAGAUUCUCAAGGCCUCCGUCUCCAAGUAUGGCCUGAACCAAUGGGCACGCGUGUCGUCUCUGUUGGCGCGCAAGACGCCCAAGCAGUGCAAGGCACGAUGGAACGAAUGGCUGGACCCCAGCAUCAAGAAGAUAGAAUGGAGCAAGGACGAGGACGAAAAGCUGUUGCACCUCGCCAAGAUCAUGCCCACGCAAUGGCGGACGAUAGCUCCCAUUGUCGGCCGCACAGCUAACCAGUGUCUCGAACGAUACCAAAAGCUGCUCGAUGAGGCCGAAGCGCGCGAGUCGUCCAGCCUGGGACUGAUGGGUCCUGAUGGCGGCGAGACGCAAGCACCCAGCGCGGACGAUGUCAGAAGAUUGCGCCCUGGCGAACUCGAUCCCGAUCCCGAAUCCAAGCCUGCUCGACCUGAUACCAUCGACCUCGACGAAGAUGAGAAGGAAAUGCUGAGCGAGGCUCGAGCUCGUUUGGCCAACACGCAGGGAAAAAAGGCGAAAAGAAAGGCCAGAGAGCGCCAGCAAGAGGAGUCCCGUCGUUUAGCGACCUUGCAAAAACGCCGAGAGCUCAAGACAGCUGGUAUCAACAUCAAGGUCAUCACUCGGAAAAAGGGUGAGAUGGACUACAAUGCCGACAUUCCAUUUGAGAAGAAGGAAGCACCUGGGUUUUACAAUACGUCUGAGGAGAAAACACAAAACGAAGCACAGCUCAGAGGGUUUGAUCCCCAGAAGCUGAAUCUGGCUACGAAACGAAAGGGCGAUGAUGAUGAUGACGAUGAUGGCGACCGUAAAAGGAGGAAAAAUGAAAAGGAGGGACUGUCUGAAUCACAAAAAGCAGCCAUAAAGGCUGGCCGAAUGCAGAAGAUUCGAGAGGCCGAGCAAAGCAGCAAGCGCCGACCUCUAAACCUACCUGCACCACAAGUUAGCGAGGGCGAACUGGAAGACAUUAUCAAGAUGGGUAAGAUGGGUGAAGCUGCGAAUGCGGUGGCUAGAGAAAGCGAUAAUGAUGCCACGAGAGGUUUUGUUAGUUCAUAUUCUACGCUUAACACCGGCGCGCCGAUACGAACGCCCAAGGCUCCGGAACAAGAGGACCAUAUUGCGAAUGAGAUUCGAAAUAUCCGUGCCUUAAACGACACAAAGUCGGCCUUAUUGGGGGGUGAGAAUACUCCUUUAUAUGAGGGAGCAGGUUCCACUGGCUUCGAGGGUAUUGCCCCCAGGAAACAAGCCAUGGCGACGCCGAAUCCUCUUGCAACUCCCUUACGAUCCGGGGCUGGCGUCGGAGCAACGCCCGGCCGCCCUGGACAAACGCCGAUGCGUACACCGCGGGAUACCUUUUCACUGAACCAAGAAGAUGGCAUGCCUAUCCCUUCAGCCACACCUCGUGAUAUCAAGAUGCACGACCUCGCCAUGCGAAAUCAACUACGAUCGGGCCUUGCAUCGCUCCCCAAGCCCAAGGAUACCGAAUGGGAGUUUGAGAUUCCUGAUGAGGAACAGGAGACGGCGCGAGCAGACGACACAGCGGAAGAAGAUGCUGCAGAACGGGACCGUAGGGAGCAGGCAAUACGUGCCGCAGAGGAGGAACUGGAGCGGAGGCGAAGGACACAAGUCAUGCAGAAAGACUUGCCACGGCCAUCGAUUGUCGACCUAACCAUGUUGCUCAAGAAAGCCGACAGCAUCCAAAAUGCUGCAGAAGCAAUGAUUGCCAGGGAGACCGCACUGCUCAUGGCCAAUGACGCAGCUCAAUAUCCAGUGACGGAUUCGCAAGUCAAAGGCAUCUACAAGCCCAUUGAGCGUUUUGAUGAUGACGCACUUGCAGACGCCCGCCUCCUGAUUCUGUCUGAGACAAAGCCCCGUCCCAACUUAGAGCAGAUCCAAGACUUCUUCGAGAGCCGAGCAAAGAACUCGAUGCUGCUAGGAUUAGGGUGCUAUAACGAUGACGAGGAGGAGCAGGAGGCCGCUAUGCGAGCUGCAUUUGACGCCGUUCAAGAUUCGAUCAUGGCUUCAGCAGAGCAAGGAGCCAAGCUGGAGAAGAAGUUGGCUCUUCAUCUCGGCGGAUACCAAAAGCGACAAAAGAUGCUCAAGGACAAAAUCAGCGAUGCCACGGACGCCUUGGAAAAGGCGAGGAACGCUCUUAGCGGGUUCAAAACAUUAGCCAUAUCCGAGGACGUGGCCAUCGACAGGCGAUUGGAGGCACUGAGAGAAGAAGUCAUGUAUGUUACUAAGCGGGAGAGGGAGGCCCAGGAGGAGUAUAGGAAGGCGAGAGAUGAACUCUCCGCCUUGAGGGAAGAUGGGAGAAAUGGAUACCAUUGA